AUGGCAGAAACGCAGCCGGCCGAACAAGGCCACCACAUGUGCCCCAUCUUCUGCACCGCCAACGUCCCCACCAGCCUCCUAGAAGAGCUCAUCGCCGACCCCACGGGCGUCCAAGACUUCCGCCUCAUCGACAUCGAGACCGGCCCCGCCACCUCCCCCUUCCCUUCGCGCGCCCCGCUCCCCCCCACCACCACCGCCGCCGCCGCCGCCUUCCACACGGCCUUCUUCAACUGGCCCCCGGACCUGCUCUACACGUACUGGAAAACCCACCUGCGCGCCCCGCCCGACGGCUCGACGCGCCCCGCCUUCAGCGCCUUCACCUUCGUCGUCGUCGACCAGGAGGCCGUCGACGCCUACGUGAGACGUGCCGCCGCACAAGCGAGCAACACCACCACCACCACCAGCGACGACGACGACGAUGUAGUCACCGUCCUCCUCUGCACCGACGCACCCGACUUCGACGAGGAUGAGGACGAAGCCGCCGAAUCCGCGCCCGUCCUCAAGACGCUGCGCUGGGAAGUGGCCGACGUCGCGGCGGUGCUGCCCGCGCUCGAGUCGCUGACCAUGUGCCCGAGCGAGCUGGAUUCGCCGGUGCGGCUGAGCGUCAUGCCGCCGCCGGCUGCUGCUGCGGCUGCGGCGGGCGGCCCGGCUGCGAUGAGGAGGGCGAGGGUGGAGGGGAUUAGGGGGGCUGGGGCUGGUCUGAGGGGGAGAGGGGGUUGGAAGGGGGCUGCUGGGUAG